AUGUCUGUUCCGCCAGUAGACUUUACAGUGCCACCUCCCCCUUUUAGUCUGCCUCCACCAAGACCUUCAAUCCCUAGUGGCAGCAAUCAUGUCCCAGUGUAUAACCAAUUUCCACCUUAUUUUCCACCCUCUCAAGGCAUGCUUCCACCACCAUCUCCAGGACCGUCAAACUAUGGCAUGUCCAGACCGUCAACUUCAAAUACUUAUAACACACAAGCCACAGCCUGUCUGAAUCAGCAAUAUUAUGGUUCAUCAAACUAUUCAUAUCAAGAUAGAAAUUACCACCAACCAAGACAACAACCACAUCGAUGGGCUGGUUACAACAAAUCUACACCUCCAGAGCCUUCUACUAGUCAUUAUAGCAAAGCAAGGAGUAAUGUAUCACAUUACGAUAAACCUAGCACUAGCAUGUCAUGUUAUGGUGAACCAAGUACAAGUGUGUCACAUUAUGAUAAACCAAGCACUAGUAUGUCACAUUACAAUAAACCAAGCACUAGUGCAUCACAUUAUGACAGACCAAGUCCUAGUACUUCACAUUAUGAUAACCCAAGCACUAGCACAUCACAUGAUAGGCCAAGUACUAGUGCAUCAAAUGAUGACUAUUACAAGAAACCAAGAGAUGUUAGUGGAGAAAGAGCUUAUAGUAAUAGACCAAGGGAUAAUCUAUCUAGUUCAAGACAUCAAAAUGAGCCGAGUCGAAGUUAUGACAGGGAAAGUAGGGAAAGAGAUAGACCAAGGUAUAGGGAAUCUAGGAGUCCCAGCCAUAGUCGCAGCUACUACAGUAGAAGUCCAUCCCGGCAUCGAGAAAGAGACAAUCGGUAUACCGAUGACAGACAUAGAUAUGAUUAUAAGAAAAGAGAUUACCGAUCCAAAAGUCCAAGUUAUAGGGAUCGUAGAAGUCACAGUCGUGCUUAUGACAGCCAAGAUAGCAGAUCUCGGUCUUAUUACCGUGAAUCUCAUUCGCGUAGUCGGACGAGGGAAGUUUCACCGAGAUCUAGAAGCACUACUUCAAAACCUUUGACGGAUCGAGAAAAAAUUCUCAACGAUUAUAGGAAGAACUAUUGUAGAACAUCUGAGGAUUUGAUAAAGAAAAUGGAGCAAUGGUCGAAGGAGCAUAAUUCCGAUGAUGAAGAAGCACCUAAAAUGUGGUAUAGGAGUUCUCCCGCUGAACUGUAUUACAAACCUGGCGAGAACAAUGUGGGAGUAGAACAGACAUCGAAAUUACAGAAGAUAUGUGAAACAUUCUUCAAAACGCUUAUCGAAAGAGGUAGAAAUGCGAGACCAGAGGUCGAUGAACUGCCACCAAUGAAGCCGUUGAAGGCUAAGAUAUGCAAGCAUAAAGCAGAUGGCGCAAGUUCAUCAUCUUCAGAAAGUGAUGGAAGUAUCGAUGAAGAUGGUCUUCAGGGCUACACUGAUAUUAUAAUGAUGGAAUUACAAAGAAAACAGAGUCACCCUAGGAGACUUCACCCAGAAUUAUGGUUCAACAAUACUGGUGAAAUGAAUGGUGGUCCCUUGUGCCGGUGUAGUGUUAGAGCUCGAAGACAAGGUAUCAGACAUGGUGUGUAUGCCGAAGAAGAAAAAUUCACCAAAUGUGUUCCAACAUCAAGCAACAUUGAUAAACUGUUUCACUAUCGUAUUACAGUGUCACCGCCCACAAACUUUCUCAUUAAAGCACCUACAAUCAUUGGUCAUGAUGAACAUGAAUUCCUAUUUUCUGGGUUCUCAAUGUUCUCACACUACAAGCUUGCCAAACUACCUAAAUGUAAGGUGAUAAGGUUCAAUAUUGAAUACACCAUACUAUAUGUUGAAGAACCAGCGCCUCAAAACUUUACUAUACAGGAAUUAGAUCUUUUUGAGGAAUUUCUAUUCACUGAAUUAUUGGAAUUAGUUGACUUGGACCUCGGUAAGGCGACUGAAGAUUCAUGUUCUCAAUUUCACUUCAUGCCGAGAUUCGUCAGAUACCUUCCAGAAGGUGGAUGCGAGGUGCUAUCAAUGUGUGAAGUCCUCAAAUACUUGAUAUCUGAGAGCGGUCUGUUGGUGCCUCCAGAUAUGUUACAAGAUUUCCACAAUAUGGACCAUUACAGUUGGCAGAAAUUCGUUGAUAGGAUUAAAGGUAUGAUAGUGACGUAUCCCGGUAAGAAGCCGUGUUCGGUACGUGUUGAUCAACUUGAUCGCAGUCCACCAGCCAGUGACCCCUCACACAAGAACUAUUACCCUGAGAUCGUGCACUUUGGUAUACGACCGCCGCAGCUAAGCUACGCUGGAAACCCGGAAUAUCAAAAGGCAUGGCGUUUCUACGUGAAAUAUCGCCACCUGAUAGCAAAUAUGGCGAAACCUUCGUACAAGGAACGACAGAAGCUGAUCGCUAAGGAGGCGAAGUUACAGGAGAUGAGGACUCAGAGUAAGAUGAAGAGGGACGUCACCGUGGCUAUAUCAUCUGAAGGAUUCCAUACAACCGGACUCAUGUGUGAUAUUGUACAGCACGCCAUGUUGAUUCCAGUAUUAGUUAGACAUCUUCGUUUCCACAAAUCAUUGGAGAGCCUCGAGAAAAAAAUAGGUUACACAUUCAAACAGAAGAUGCUUUUACAAACGGCAUUGACACAUCCCUCGUAUAGAGAGAAUUUCGGCACUAACCCUGAUCACGCUAGGAAUAGUUUGACAAACUGUGGAAUAAGACAGCCGGAGUAUGGAGAUAGAAGAAUACAUUAUACUAGAAAGAAGGGUAUCGUGACCCUAAUCAACAUAAUGUCUCGGUUCGGCAAGCACAGCGAGACUCAGUCGGAGAUCAAACACAACGAGCGGCUGGAGUUCCUCGGGGACGCGGUGGUGGAGUUCAUCUCCUCCAUACAUCUGUUCAACAUGUUCCCCGGCCUGGCUGAGGGCGGGCUGGCUACGUAUAGAGCGUCCAUAGUACAGAACCAACACUUGGCUCAACUGGCUAAGAACAUAGGUCUAGAACACUACAUGUUGUACGCGCACGGUUCAGACUUGUGUCGCGAGGUCGUCAUGAGACACGCGAUGGCUAACUGCUUUGAGGCUCUCAUGGGAGCGUUAUUCCUUGACGCUGGGAUUGAGGUGACGGACAGAGUGUUCAGCUUGUCGUUAUGGUAUAACGAGCCGGAGUUGUUGGAAGUGUGGAGCAAGGAGCGACCUCACCCGCUACAGGACCAGGAGCCGCUUGGAGACAGGAAAUAUAUUAAAGACUUCGAGUUCCUGCAGAAGCUGACCAAGUUUGAGGACUCCAUAGGCGUCCAGUUCAAACACAUCCGCCUGCUGGCGCGCGCGUUCACGGACCGCUCGGUAGGCUUCACGCACCUCACGCUGGGCUCCAACCAGCGACUGGAGUUCCUCGGAGACACGGUGCUGCAGCUCGUGGUGUCCGAGAGGCUCUACAAGCACUUCCCGGACCACCACGAGGGACAUCUGUCGCUGCUUCGUUCAUCUCUAGUCAACAACCGCACCCAGUCGAUGGUGUGUGACGACCUCAACAUGUCUGAGUACGCCAUAUACAACAACCCUAAAGCUAAACCUACCACCAAGAAACAUAAGGCGGACCUGUUGGAAGCCUUCCUGGGAGCGUUGUACAUUGAUAAGAACCUGGAGUACUGCCAGGUGUUCUGCAACGCGUGCCUGUUCCCGCGGCUGCAGGAGUUCAUCAUGAACCAGGACUGGAACGACCCCAAGUCCAAGCUGCAGCAGUGCUGCCUCACGCUGCGCUCCGUCGAGGGGGGCGAGCCCGACAUACCUGUCUAUAAGGUUAUAGAAUGUUUGGGUCCAACUAACACUCGCGUGUACACGGUGGGCGUGUACUUCCGUGGUUCUCGUCUAGCAGCGGCGCGCGGACACUCUAUACAAGAAGCGGAAAUGAAUGCCGCUGAAGAAGCUUUGAAUUCAGCGCAGGAAUUAUUCCCUCAAUUGGACCACCAGAAACGCGUGAUAGCAAAAAGCAUGAGGAAAAAGAAGAACAAAUUCGACGAUCGAGCGAACCAGACGCAGAUAGAGGCUGUGCUUAAGAGGAAACGAAUGGAGGAAGUUGUACCAAAAGCGUACCAGCCGGGCGGGUUGGAGGAAGAAUUAUCAGAUGAGAGUGUACACGAAGCAUCGGAUACGGAAAUACCUGAAGAUAGAAACUCAAACGAUGAUUCCGGUUUAGAUAGUGACACAGAAGUGACGAACGAUAAUCUGGAGAACGUUCAAGUGAGCAGUCUGUUGAGUGAUAUGGAGAAGAUGAAGGCUGACCUUAUUAGACGGAACGAAUACGACAAGCUCAAGGAGAAGUGUAGGAGGUCGGACUCGGAUGACGAUUAG